GGAAUGGAGGCCUGUUAGCGCGCUCCGUAGGUCGGUGGAGUCUCGCCAUUUUCUCGGUGUGUAAAUCCGCCGUCCCUACGCCUAUCCAGUUGUCGCAAGACUCGCAAGUUGUCGUUGGGCGUUGACUAUCGUGACGAGGAUCCACGGCGUCUGGUGUGUGGUAUUGCUGUGUGUUACGACCGCGAGUGCGACGCCCGACGUGGCGUCACCACGCCAGGCUAUGAAUCAGUCGCGGAAUUUCACGUCGCUGCUGAACCCUAGCUACUUGCAGAAUGCUCAGCAGCAGCAGCAGCAGCAGCAACAACAACAACAACAACAACAGCAACAGCAGAACGCCGCGAGCGCAAACCCGGUGGUGGCAGCGGCCGCCGCGGCUGCCGCCGCCGCCGCGGUGAGUGCCGCGAUCGCGAACGGUACUCAAGCCAGCAUGAAUAUGGCAAGCCCUGUAACGCAGAAUCGCAAACGGGAAUCGGAGGAUGAUAAACAGGAGAAAGAAUCAAAAGAGGGAGAACGCAGGAAGAGGAAAAAGACUAGAUGGAGUGGUAGCGAACAUGACAAAACGUUUAUACCCGGAAUGCCCACAGUACUGCCGACAAAUCUGACUCCCGAUCAGGAAAAGGCUUAUCUCUUUCAGCUGCAGAUUGAGGAAAUCAGCAGGAAGCUACGCACUGGAGACCUUGGAAUUCCACUCAAUCCUGAGGAAAGAUCCCCAUCUCCAGAGCCUAUUUACAGUAGCGAUGGUAAACGGUUGAACACGAGAGAAUAUCGUACAAGACGUAAAUUAGAGGAAGAACGUCAUAAUCUGAUCCAGAAGAUUCUUAAAAUCAAUCCAGAAUUCAAACCACCACCAGAUUAUAAGCCACCAAUAAUACGAGUUCAUGAUAAAGUAAUGAUUCCUCAGGAAGAGCAUCCUGAUAUAAAUUUUGUUGGUUUACUUAUUGGACCGCGUGGAAAUACUCUAAAAUCUAUGGAAAAGGAAACUGGCGCAAAGAUUAUAAUUCGUGGAAAGGGCUCUGUGAAAGAAGGAAAAGUUGGCAGGAAAGAUGGACAGCCUUUACCGGGUGAGGAUGAACCUUUGCACGCAUACAUUACCGCGAACAAUCUAGAUGCUGUGAAGAAAGCUGUGGAGCGAAUUCACGAGAUCAUUCGACAAGGUGUAGAAGUGCCAGAGGGUCAAAACGACUUGCGUCGCAAUCAAUUACGUGAGUUAGCUUUACUCAAUGGAACAUUACGCGAGAACGAUGGACCUCGUUGUACCAAUUGUGGAGCUUCGGAUCAUAAAUCUUGGCUGUGUCCCGAUAAACCAAAUGUGACAAACAACAUAGUUUGUUCAAGUUGUGGUGGCGCAGGACAUAUUGCUCGUGAUUGUAGAUCAAAGAGACCCGGUCAGGGAGGUCCAGCAGCCGCUGGAAUGGGGGGAAUGGGUCAAGCUGGAGAUAAGGCUAAAAUAGAUGAGGAAUAUAUGUCGCUCAUGGCGGAAUUGGGAGAGGGUCCACCACCGGACAGAUCGAAAACAGGACAAAACAGGCAAAAUCCCAAUCCCAAUUAUCCCGGACUUUUUGACAGGCAACAACCACCUCGCGCGUUAAUGGCGGCCCCGGCACAUCCGCCACCGCAGAUGAUGCAGGGCGGUCCGAUGAUGCCGCCACCAGGAAUGGCGCCGCCGCCGUGGAGCCAAGGAGGCGAGGGGAUGAACAACAUGAACAUGCAAUGGCAGCCGCCGGUGAGCAUGCCGCCGCCACCGGGCGUGAUGCAGCCACCGCCACCGCCGCCCGGCUCCACUACGCAGCCCAACAUUCCGCCGUUGAUGCCGUGGAUGGCCGGCAACAAUCAACCGCCGCCACCAGGUCAGAUGCCGCCCACGCAGAUUCCACCGCCCGGGAUGGGUAUACCGCCGUGGCAGCAAGGUCAACAGGGACCGAUGCGGCCGCCACCACCGGGCACGGCGCCGCCUCCGGGUUUCCCCGGUGGCUGGCAACCGCAACAGAUGGGCGGCUGGCCACCGGCCGCCCCGGUCCCGCCUCCGCCUCAGCAACAAACUCCUGCGCCACCCGGGAUUGACCUGAACACGCUGCCGACGUUACUGGCGCAACCGCCGCCGCCACCUCCGCCCACCAGUUAGUCCUAAUCACGUAACGAAUGACUUCCGAUCUAAUAUAUAAUAGCGAGACGAUAUCAUUGAGAUAUAGAAAAGUUUAAAAAAGAAAAUGGAAGAUAGGGUAUAAUCUGAGAAAGAGGCAUUAUGUCCCAAUAGGAAGUCACAGAAAAAGAUGAAGAUAGACAAGAAAUUAGGAGCGAUGCAAUUAUGUCGCGACAUUGUUUCAGUGAUCAGUUUUUUUUUUUAUGUAUAAUCUUGCGUCAUUGUGAAUUUUUUGGUGUGAUCAUUAUGAGAAUUCUGCGAAUAGCGUAUGUGGAAAAUGUAUGCCGAAGAAACUCGUAAAUCGUAUUCUCUAAUAGAGCAUUUAGUUUUACCUAGUUACCAGUUUUAAUUUACUGCGAGUAAUGAAUUCUGACAUUUUCUAUAAGAAAUCAUGUGAAUGGCGUGUCAUAAAUGACUUAAAUGGCGCACGAAUUUUCCUGUAAAAGCACAACUACAUCUGUUUUACUUUUUUUUUUUUUUUUUUACUUCAUUCCAUUUCCAAACGUCGCUUCCGAAAUCGAAUCUAUCAAUGUUAAAGAAUUGUAACAUAGGUGAAAACAUUUGUUCAUAUAUUUUAUUUAUAUAUAUAAUACUCUAAAAAAUACUAUAUAUAUAUAUAUAAACAUUUCAUAAUU